AAAAACUAAACUUGUGUCUUGAUUGGUUCGCGUCGGUGGCGAGGUCCUCCCUGCUCCGUGUCACGUGACUGUGUUUCCCUGCUAACAACAUGGCUACCGAGGGUCUCCCGUGUGAAUUUGACGUCGUCAUUCUGGGCACAGGGCUGGUUGAGUCGGUGGUCGCUGCCGCCUGUUCCAGAGUGGGACAGAGAGUUCUUCACCUCGACAGGAGGAGUUACUACGCAGCGAACUGGGCGAGCUUCACCUUUAACGGCCUCCUCGACUGGAUACAACAACGACAGGAGGAGUCUCCUCAGCCUGAUGAGUUACAGGAUUGGUCCAGUCUGUUAGAGGAAGGGGAGGAGCUAAUCUACCUGUGUAACGCUGACUCGUCCUCUGUCAGUAACGUGCAGGUGUUCUCUUUCACCAGGGAGGAGGAGGAAAGUGUGAGUCCUCCAAGCACCACAGAAGAAGAAGCUGCAGCAGCUGCUGAGGAGGAGGAGGAGGCUGAAGAAGAAACGACACAAUCCACAGAUAUAAAAGAGAAAGAAUCCAAAGAGAAAACAGCUGAUGAAGAGGAUGAUGGACAGGCUGCCGGUGUGGAUGGGGAGGAGCAUGAGGCUCCGCCUCCAGACGACCGGAACCGUAAGAAGGUCAGCUACAGCGAGCUGCUGGACAAAGGUCGCAGGUUCAACAUUGACCUCGUCUCCAAGCUGAUGUUUUCUCGUGGAUCAUUAAUUGAUCUGCUCAUCAAAUCAAACGUCAGUCGCUAUGCAGAGUUCAAGAAUGUCAGCAGGAUACUGACCUGUCGUCAUGGCAACGUGGAACAGGUUCCGUGCAGCAGAGCUGACGUGUUUGGGAGUCGUCAGCUGUCCGUCGUAGAGAAGAGGAAGUUGAUGCGUUUCCUGACGUCUGUCGUCGAGGAGACGGAGCAGCAGACAGCCUAUAGCGGUCGACCAUAUUUGGACUUCCUGUGUGAACAGCAGCUCGGUGACAACCUGCAGCACUUCCUGCUUCACUCCAUCGCCAUGGUGACCGAGGACACGCCCACCGAGGAGGGGCUCGCCUCUACGCGCCACUUCUUGCGCUGCUUGGGUCGCUAUGGCAACACGCCCUUCCUGUUUCCUGUCUAUGGCCUUGGAGAGAUACCACAGUGUUUUUGUAGGAUGUCAGCCGUGUUUGGAGGAAUCUACUGUCUGAGACACACAGUUCACUGUCUGCUGCUUGACAAGAGCAACAACAGGUGUAAAGCGGUGAUUGACAGCCGAGGACAGCGAAUCAGCUGCAGCCAUUUCGUGGUGGAGGAGGGCUAUGUGGCGACGGAGAGGAAGAAGGUGGCCACGCCCACCAGGUCGAUCAGCAGAGCCGUCCUGAUAACUGACGCCUCUGUUCUCCCUGCUCACGCCGACCAACAGGUUUCCUUGGUAACGGUUCCUCCUGUAGCUGCAGGUGCUCCAGUGGUGAAGAUGGUGGAGCUCUGUUCAUCCACGAUGACCUGUAUCCCUGGAACUUACCUGGUCCACCUCACCUGUCAGUCAGUUGGCUCCGCCUAUGAGGACCUGUCGCCGGUGGUAACCAGGAUGUUCAACACGCCAGAGUCACAUGACCAAGAGACACGCCCCUCUGUCCUCUGGUGUCUCUACUUCAACAUGGCCGACGGCUCAGGUGUACAGGUCCAAGGUCACGACCUCCCGCCCAACGUGUAUGUGUGUUCUGGACCAGACGGGGGUUUGGGACACGAACACGCCGUCACACAGGCUGAGUCCAUCUUCAGAAACAUUCUUCCAGACGAGGAGUUUUGUCCUCCUGCUCCCAAUCCUGAAGACAUCAUCUAUGAUGGAGACUCCGCCCCCUCCACAGGAGAGGAGGAGAAACAAGUGGAAGAGAAGGGCGAGGAGGAGAGACAAGAGGAAGAGAAGGGCGAGGAGGAGAAACAAGAGGAAGAGAAGGGCGAGGAGGAGAAACAAGAGGAAGAGAAGGGCGAGGAGGAGAAACAAGAAGAAGAGAAGGGCGAGGAGGAGGCGGGGCAGAGUGAAAGAGGGGAGGAAUAGGAGGAGGUGCAGUGAUUGUGAGGAGAAUCAUGGCUUUUUGUAAAUGACUUUGUGACCAUAGCAACGUCCUGCACCUGCUGGUCAUUUGUUUAUCAUGAUGAUUAUUAUUAUUGUUUUAUAUGUUUAUUAUAUCUCUGUUUCUUGUUUUUAUUUAAGUCCAAAAAAUUAAAAGUCGUUAAAAUGA